AAUUAGCAUGUAGCAGAUUUAAGGUUAGCAUCUGUCUACUCCAGUGAGUUCCCUGAGUUGAACCAUCAGCAAAUAUGAAGUGUGUCCUCGAAGGAAAUGGUGUAAAAGUAUUUGGAAAGGCGAUUCAGGCGCUGUCCCGGGUUGGAGAGGAGCUUUGGUUGGAUCCCACUGUGAAAGGGCUGGCUCUGAGAUCAGUGAACUCUGCUCAUUCUGCAUAUACCUGCUUCCUUUUCUCGCCACUGUUCUUCGGCCACUACAGCCUGGGAUCAGGAUCAGAGCAAGGCAGUGAAACCAUCAAAUGCAAACUGAUCAUGAGGUAUGUGCUACCACUUUUCCGGUGUUUGACUUCCAUUGAGCGUAAUGUGGAACGAUGUCAGAUAUCAAUCAGCACACCCAGUGACCGGGUCAUAAUCCAGUUUUUCUGCAGGCAUGGCAUCACCAAGACCCACAACCUUCAUUUCCAUGAAAGUGAGCCUCUGCAGGCAGUGUUUGCCUCACACCUUUGUCCCAAUGUACUGAAGGCACCUGCCAGGUUAGCACCUCAGUAUUCUGUUAUCAAGCUCCUUAGUGAUAUGGUGAUGCAUUUCCCAGUGUCCCAGGAGGAAAUCACUCUGUCCGUGACUCCUCUGAGAGUCAGUCUGAGAAAUUACUAUGAGGGGGGAAAUGAUCACAUGAAGAUGAACACUGAGAUGUCCUUACACCCAGACGAGUUUGACUACUUUCAGGUCGGAGAGGACUCGGACAUAACCUUCUGUCUGAAGGAACUGAGGGGUUUUCUGUCCUUUGCAGGGUCACAUUGUCUCUCAGUGUCGGUCCACUUUGGUGCUGCAGGAAAGCCUGUGUGUUUCCUCAUGGAGGACAUGGUCCUGGAGGCCACCGUGGUGCUGGCUACUCUGAUGGACUCUGAAAACAUGGACCCCACUCUGCGGACAGGGACCCCGGUCCCCAGUACACCCAGGUGUGCAGAUGCCGCUUCUCUGCCUGUGGUUUCAUAUGAGGCAGACAGUGAUAAGCCACAGGAUGUUCCUGAUGUGAUGGAGCUGAUUGCAUCCAGCCAGGGCAGCCCUAUAAUCGACCCACCUGCGCUGAUGCAGCUCCUGUCUCAGGCUGACCACUCUGGCGGACUCGGUGUACCUGAAGAGGCCUGUGCCAGUGCCACCUCAACUCCUGCCUCCACCACGAUCUGCUCCCUCCUCUUCAGGGCCUUGUCCUCAGAGCAGGACGUUGAUGGCUGUGCCGCCAUGUUGCCUGUUCUGGCAUGUUUCAGUGACACAGAGGAGGAUAUGGAAGUCGAAUACCCAAGAAGCCCUUCACUCUGAGAAUAGAGCUACCACUCGGUUCUCAUCUUCCUGUUUUGUGCUACUGCCAAAAGUAGACCACAGCAUUUGACGGCAAUCAGGACGAUUUAUGAUCUGAAUUCAUAUAUAUUUAAUAUAGUACGCAUUUUAAGUUGAUUUUAAGCUUUUUGUUUAUCGCUAAAAUGUUGCUUUGCUUGUUUAAACCGUUUUCAAAGUGUUAAGUUUCCCCACAGAGUUCAGUUUUAAUUCAAGAGAAUGUAUUUACAAUGAUUAUUCAUCAAAGAAUAUAUCAGUCAACAUGUUCCUGCAAUUUCAGUGUAAUAUAUAUUUAUCUCAAAUGAGGGAAAAAGAUUGUUUGGUCUACUCUGUGAAAACAUUACCUCUACCUGUUAAAUACAAUAUAAUUUAUGUAGCGCCAGGUUAUAAUAUGCAUUAUAUCUCAUACAUCUCACGGCAUGUUAAAGAGUAAUAAUAUUGUAUAAUAUUACAGAGGGAGGUUAGGUAAGGUUGAGGGGAGAGAAACGAGGGAGGGAGAGAGAGAGACCAGGAACAGCUGUAUAUACUGUUGUAUUCAAGUGCUGUCAGACUGGUUGUUAUAAUGAUAAUAAUAAAAGUGAUAUGUAUAGGUGUAAUAAUGUCAUUAACAGUAACAGCAGCAAUAAUAACGAGUGUUGAGUAGCAGCGGCAGAUCCGUCAGAUACCAGCUGCUGACGGUAGUCAGUCAAGAGGAAUGUGGGAGUCGACACAAAUCGUACAAGACGUUCUUAAGCAUUAUCUUUUCUGGCCUGAAUGCAGAGUGAAGUGUGAUAGUCAUGAUGGAAAAAU